AUGUUUCAAAAUGGCGGACACCAUGGAAGAGUACAAAAAGAUGAAAGUGAGACACUCAAAUAUAUCACAUUCACAGCUUAAUAUUUAAUUUAAUUAUCAAUAUCACUAAUUUAAUUGGCUAUUUAAGAAACUUUAUGUCAUAACCACAUUAAAAUUAAUGGUCUCAUAUUUCCGGUCUAGUCGGUAACUCUCAGCUGAGAUUUUGAUUUUUUAGGCAGGAGGCACAUUGCAAAUCAUGAAAUCGUUAAAAUUGUAGUUAGUGGCAGAGGUUUUGCCGAGAGAUAUCGCCCUAAAUGCAUUGACAUCAUUUUGGGGAAUCCCAACACUGGACUUCAGGUGACAGGAUCAACAGUUUGACCUGAAGGAUGUGUGUGAACCUUUCCUGUUCUUCACAAUGAAUGAGCAUUGGCAUUAGGCCUAUGCGAUGCCUAUUAUUAUUUCUGUCAAUCAUAAACUUGAUAAACUGUCAUAAGCUUAGCGCUAGUUGCCAUGAAAAAUACUUGCUAACUAUCCUCGCAUUACUAUAAAUAUGACCAAAAAUACAUUUUGUGUUUACAUUCUAACUGUCCCAUGUGCUUUUUUUAUUAACUUCCUGUCAAUAAAUUAAAAUCUCAAGCUGAAUCACUAUGAAACAUACUAUGACGUUCACAGUGACUUAUAGUAGUUAACCAGUUAAAAUUAACAUUUCCAUUUUUUUCUUUAUUAAAAUUAAACUUACUAGGUUCAAAACAAAUUUUUAAAUAAACUCAUCCUUGCUGACCCCAGAUAAACACCGGAGAAAAGAUGCGCACAUUGUUAAAAGUGUUGUCUUUUGAUUGGUUAGAAUUUAGCCGUAGGCUAUUCGUUUCUUUCAGUUGUAAUUUCAUGGCACAUUUCAGCAUAAUUUUCUGGAGAGGGGAGACCUCUCCCCACUUUCAACACAACGAUAAAAAAAAAAUUAAAUACUGGGUAAUUUAUGGGGAGGUAAGUCCCCCCCCCCAAGUGCCGCCGCCCACCCCCUCCCCCUCCUUUUUUUUUUCAAACAAUUGUUUUAAUGAGAAAAAAGACUUAUAUCACUUAAAUACAUUAAUACAGAGCUAAAAAUUGAAAACUAUGGUUGGUAGUUAACCAGGGGAAACUCCAUGAUCUAUACCAGUGGUUCUUAACAUUUUUGGAGGUACAGAACCCCACCAGUUUCAUAUGAGCAUUCACCGAACCCUUCUUAAUAGGAAAAAUAAAAUAUGAUUUUUUUUUCUGAUUUUUUUUUUUUUUGGACCUCCGCCGAACCCCUGAGACUGACUCACCGAACCCUGGGGUUCGAUCGAACCCGGGUUAAGAACCACUUAUCUUUACACUGUGGAAGACAUCGCAGGGCCUGCUGCUAAUUGCAUUUUAGCAGAAAUGGUCUGUCUGUUAGCAUUGUAAAUUUAAUACGCCUACAAAUGAAAAAGCAUAUUUUAUUAGGACAAUGAUAGGGUAGGGGAAAGUGCUGUAAGCAUAAUAGAAUAUGUGUUGGGUAGAACAUAAUGCAUCCUUCCUCACAUACAAUUUGGCAUGAACGCAGCAACUUUGUUUCCCUAAGACCAGCUGACAACCUGAUAUUUUGAUAUUUUUUUAGAUAAGUUGUUCAGGUGACAGUUCCCAUGUUUUUUGCAAAAGGCUGUUACUGCUUAUAGGAAGUGUCAAAUUAUUGUGCAUGACAAAAUAAAUCUUGGGAAGCCCAAGUAUUCAUGAGGCUCAUUUUGCCCACAAAGUCACUUUGAUAUUAUUAAAUUGUUAUUUGUUUUUUUGGUUAAGAAGUAACUGAUUUCCAUAUAGCUAUAUGUAUAAGUUAUUCAAAUAAUGUCUUCUGUACCUACAAAAAGAACCAUUUAAAAGAUGUACUAGAAAAAUAUUUAAAUUCGCUGCCAUCUUUUGUCAUUUACGGUGGCUUUUGUUGUCUCAAGAGGGAGCUCUUCCAUCAUUGGGGUGGAUUAUAUGGUAGGGAGAUUUGAUGCCACGUUGAACUCUCUUAUUUACACAUUAGCUAUAUUUUUACUUUGGCUAAAAGAUAGCAGUAGGUUUUUUAACACUAGCUCUUAAUGUGUAAAACAAUUAAGUUUAAUCAUUUGAGGGAACUAUUUACUUUGUGAUGAACGUAGCGAUUUUAUUUCAUCCCACAAAAAAAUGGCAAGAAGUUUCAUUGAGCUCCAUUCCACUUCUUUCCUCAUACAUUUGGAAAAACCAUAAAAAUUGUUUAAAAUAUACAAAAAUAUUUUUAAUCCAUAUUAAUCAAACUUACACUUUUCAUUAGUUUCAAUAAAAUAUACUUUUACACACAUUAUUACUGGUUCCACCAAAAAUAAUAUCCAAAAGAGGUCAGUAAAGUCAAAAUCCAUUUGCAAAAAGUAUAUACUGUAUAAUCCAAAUGGACCAAACCUGCAACAUCAGGAUGAAAGCAAUAAUCUGUUAAUUUAAAUCAAAGUCCUUAUGAAAGUUCACUUUAAACACCAAAUAUUAUAAAGAACUUAGGCAUAAAUCAAAUAUGCCCAAUGACAAGCUAAACAUAAAUAGGCCUGUAUAAUUUUUGAUUUCAAUUAAGCUACUGGUAAAUCAUUAGUUCCAAAAAAAAUUCAAAAUGCAAACAUAAGCACUUCAGAACAAAGCAAAAAUCAUAAGACAGACGCCCCUAUGACUACAUUUAACUCGGCUGUAAAGUUAUAUUUAAUUACCCUUGCCAAUAAGUAUAUGUGGCAAAUCUAUGGACCUAAAAGAUUUAUUUAGUUUUGGCAUCAGUCAAUCUCUUAGAGACAAUCAUGUAAUUUCACUAGAAGUGAAAUUCCAAUUGAGAUUUCUGUCAAAAGUACUCAAACCUGGGGAACGAUUUCUAUUUGGAGAAUAAAAUUGUUUCCAGUCAGCAGAUCCCCAUUCUCUAUGCAGCUAGUGAACCCGAGGGAAUAAUUAAUGGUUGAUACGGCUUUGCAGGAGUUUUCACUGAUCCACCAAUCGAUUUCCAUCUUCGAACUUAAAAGUAAAGCUUUGUUAACAGGGGCAUCCAAUUUUACACACUAAAAGCAAUGUUUAUCCCUACCGGGUACUGUAAAGGUAGGGAAAUGCAACAAAAUAUGUCUGCAGUUUUAGUUAAAUUAGCACAAGCAAUAGUAGUUUUUAUAACUUUAAUAGUGUAAAAACAAAUUGAAUUCUCAGUUUUUGGCUAGUGAAUGAAAAGAUGUUAAAUAAAAUGAUACUUUUACAUAAUAGUGUUCCCAAAAAAUACCACACUUUGAAACAGCUAAAUAUCAAUCUUUGUUUCCAAAAUAUUAUGGAUUCAACUAGAAUAUGACUUAGGUUUCAUCUAUUUUAUUAAUUUGUGGAAAAUCAAUAUUCAGCUUAAGCACUGUUCGAUCAGUAUCUGCCUACAGAAAAUGCAUUUUAAAAGUUAUAAGUAAAUGUAGAUUGUUUUGAAAUAAAAUAUUUUUAUAAUUUUUAUUUCAUUUUUACCAAAUUAGAUCAUCUUUAAACUUAAUGUGCUUUUUAAUAGAUUGACCCUAUUAUGGUCCUUACAUUGAUAGCAGCAGAGACAAAUUACCCAGUCUAGGUUCUAAAUUCAAAUGUUUGGAAAUCAGAGGCUUUAUCAUUUCAUUAAAAUAUAAAAUAACAUGACGCAGUGCAUUCCAACAAUCCUAGUCCAUGUAGCAUUAAAUGAUGUUAUACUUUCAAGGCGGAACUAAAAGAAAGAUUUUAAAAUGAUUCCAGGUGCCAGAACUCAAACAAGUUUUAAAAGAACGAGGGCUUUCUGUCACUGGAAAUAAGUCAGAAUUGUUAAAACGACUUGGAGAAGCUCUUGGCACAGGUAUUUGGUUUAAUAGCUGAGUGAUAUUUUAAUAACAAAUAUACCAUUAUUCUUAAACUUAAAUUAAUGUGCCUAAUUUUUCUACAUCAAAAGAAAUAAUUACCUGCAAUAAUUAUUUGUUAACUCCUUUUAUUAUUUAUAAUUAAGAAUGAAAACAAAAUAACUUACUUGAUAAUGAAGAUGCUAAUUGUGAUUUUUUUUUUUUUUAGCAGAGGGUCAAGAUGGCGGUGUGGAAGACAGCAUACACAGCAUAGAUGAUAUUGUGAGUUUAAAAUAAUAUAUAAUCUAUAAUUUCAAAUUAAGAUUUAGAUUUUAGUGAACAUUGGGCAUAUCCUUAUAAUUGUGUUGCAAAGUAUUGCCAAUUAAAUUCUAAGAUUGUCAUCACGAGCAAGACCCUACAUUGAUAUAUUUCAAAAAGUCCCUUAAAACCCAUCUGUUUAGGUCAGCCUAUGACCUGUGAUGCACCCUCCUUGCCCUGCCUCAUUUUCUGUCUCGGGUUGAUCCUGUAGUAUAGGCCAAAACGUGCCAAAGUGUCCUCGUUUUUUAGCCAUCUUAAUUAUUUCUAUAGUAUAGUAGUUACUAUCCUAGUGUCUCAUUUUUAUUUUACUUAGUUUACAUGUUUUUAAUAAUUGUAAAGCGCUUAGAGCUUUAAGGUAAGCGCUAUAUAAAAAUGCCUAAAUAAAUAAAUAUACUGUUUUUCUAUUUCUAAUAACAAUAGAUGUCAAUUUUGUCAGUCAUGUUUAUUUAUGGAAUAUAGCUUUUCUUGGUAAUUUUUUCAACCCCAGUAUUCCAAGAAAUUAAAUUGAUUGACCAUUUCCGAUGUUUCCUGGAAAAAUUUUUAUUGUAAUAAAACUUGACAUGGUUAUCAAAUCACAAGAUGGCAAAGAAGAAAUUUCAUUCUCUAUGUUCCUACCUAUAUUAGAGUCGAUUGAUAUACAUACCAUGAAUAGAUAUAAGAUUUGUCAGGGCAAAAGGCAAUUAAAAUUUAAUUUAUUUUAAAAAAAUAUAUGUGACUUUCAUUUCAUAAUGCAACAUUGUAAUACAAAACAUUCAUGUUAGAUUUAAAAAGUAGUUAACUGAUAAAACAAAUGACUAGUUUUCACACAAACUCUCAUGGACCAACACUUUAUUGGCAUGGGAAGUACCGGUAUUCUUUUUUGAUAUAUCAUGUGCAAAAUACUGAUUUUUAGGAGGACGAAAAAGGGAUUACGGCAUAGGGAAAAAGGAAAUGUGAGGGUUAAAUAAUUCUGAAAUUUUUAAAAUCAAAGCUAAAUUUUCAUGUCACUAAUAAAUUAUAUAUUUAUAAUUGAUGUUAAGUUUUUUUAGAAAAUUAAUUUUAGGGAAUUGAAUGAUUCCAGCAAAGAAUAAAGUAACAAAAAAUGAUUUUUUUUACAUUUGUUAUAAUGAAUUAAUAGUUUAUUGUAUUUAUCUUCUAGUUAAAUGAUGACACUGACCAGUAAAAUGACUGCAAUUAUCUUCUAGUUAAAUGAUGACACUGAGACACUUACAAUGAUUGCAAUUAUCUUCUAGUUAAAUGAUGAUACUGAGACACUAACAAUGAUUGCAAUUAUCUUCUAGUUAAAUGAUGACACUGAGACACUAACAAUGAUUGCAAUUAUCUUCUAGUUAAAUGAUGACACUGAGACACUAACAAUGGUUGCAAUUAUUUUCUAGUUAAAUGAUGACACUGACCAGUAAAAUGAUUGCAAUUAUCUUCUAGUUAAAUGAUGACACUGAGCCCCUAACAAGCAACAAAGUUGAGAAUAAAACAGAAGUUAUUGUACCAACCAAAAGCACGACAGUCCCAAUAACAGUGAAGACAGACCCACUGGCAUCCAAUGGGGUUAAAGAGGAGUAGGUCACAUUUGUUUUUGUUUUUUUCAUUAAAGCCAUACAUAAUAAUUGAAAUUUUCUCCUGAAAUCUAGGUGUAUAUUUCUGUUAAUUACUCAGUUAGAUUUUGUCAUGUAAAAAUUUAAACAGAUGUUUUAUUUUUAUAAUUGCAAAUUCUUUUAUUGAAGAUUAAUGAGAAAUUUGUUUUAAUGAGCAAUUCAAAAUAAUAAUUAAUUUUUUUUAAAUGUUUUCUGACAGUAAAGAAACAACCAAGCAAACUGCCCCCGACACAACAAAAGCAGCAAAGCCAACUGAAGUUGCCAAGCUGACAGAUGAAGAGGUAUUAUCUCCUUAUGAUAACCCACUCCACUCUUUCACUCUGUGAUGUACGCAGUCAUUAUGACUAGAAAAUAAAAUAUAACAUUUCUUAUCCCUUGACAAAUUUGGCUGAUAGAGUAAUAUUGUAAGAGGAAUUCCUCCUAUUGUAUUAUUUUUUAAUAAAAUAAUUGCUGGUUCACAGAGGCUGAAACUCAGAGCAGAAAAAUUUGGUGUAGUAUCAACUGAAGCCAAGAAAGAGUUAAGAGCUCAAAGGUAUGUACAUAUUUUCAAGGAAAUUCCAGGGGCAUUUUAUAAUAAUAUAAUUUAUUUUAGCUCAUCAUAAAAUAUUUCACUGUUUAUAUUAUUUUUACCGGUAUUAUUUUUUUGCAAAAAAUAGAUUUUCAUAUUUUCCCUCAAAAAGUGUAUUUACUAAAAAAAAAGUAACUUUUUGGGACAUAUUUCAAGUUUCAUUUUAAGAGGAACAAUGUCCAAGUAAAUCAUUAUAAAAGCUGAUAAGAUUAAAUAGAUCAUAUUACAAGUUCCAUACUUUGAUGGAUAAAAGGCACAAAAUACCUUUUUUAAAUCAAUGUUUAUUCCAUUUAUGAAAAUCUUGAAAAACAGAAGUUGACUUUUGGCAAAUAACAGUGUAUCACAAUAUGCCAUUUGAAACCCACUGUCUUAAAGCAUAGAUUUUUAUCUCCAUUGUCUUAAAGCAUACAUUUGUAUCUCCACUGUCUUAAAGCAUAGAUUUGUAUCCCCACUGUCUUAAGGCAUAGAUUUGUAUCUCUGUUGUCUUAAAGCAUAGCUUUGUUUCUCCACUUUCUUAAAGCAUAGAUUUGUAUCCCCUGUCCGAAAGCAUACAUUUGUAUCUCCACUUUCUUAAAGCAUAGAUUUGUACAGUGGCCCAUGGAACAGUGAAUGGUUUACUUUACUUCUAUAAACCCUGGAUAGUUUGUGCUACAGUGGGUGAGAGUUUUAGGAGUGAUAUAGUUCUUUCUUUGGAACUCAGUUUAAAAUAAAGCCUCCUGUAUUAUACUGCAUCUACUAAUUUAAUGAGUAUAACAAUUUUAGGCUGCCAGUUAACAACUAUGAAGGCUUAUUCCAUGUGACAUGAGUUACCUAAUAAGUAUGGAGACGUCCCCGUGACGCUAAGGAGACUUUUGCCUGGAGAUACAGUGCUAAAUAAUUAUGGAGAGUUGGGGGGGGGGGGGUGUGUACAAGUUUCUAAAUAAUUAUGGAGACUUGUGCCGGGGGUACAGUACUAAAUAAUUUUGGAGCCUUUUUCAAGGGGUAUGUAUAAGUUUCUAAAUAAAUAUGAUUUGAUGGGAUUCUGUUAAAUAGCAGCUUAAAUAAUUAUUUUGACUUGUAGGUUUGGUACAACACUAAAUGACAACACAGUUACUAGAACAGAGACAUCUAAAAUCCCUGUAAGUAACCCCCUUUUUUAUAUAUUAUGCAGUUAAGUUUAUUUUAAAGACUUUAUAAUGAAUCCAUCAGUGCAGAACAUGUUUGUACUUUCACAAACCUUAAUAUUUAAGUGUUGACUUUAACUUGCCAAUUUAUGCAUAUAGCUGCAGUGUUAAAUCAUUUCAGGAAUUAAUUUAUAUUUUAAAUUGCCUGAAUUUUCAUAUUAAUAAACUGGAAAUUUGAGAAAAUGGAAAUAAUCAGUAAAAUAAAUUGAUGUAUUUUAUUAUGCGAUCAAUUUCUUAAAAUAAAGAGCCAUCUUAAAUUAUAAACAUUUUCUGUUAUUAUUUAUUUACUUUUGCAUUUUACCCGACCCGAGGCAUAUGCUGCUUCCGGGUGUAUCCCAUUUUUGUGUGUCUACUUCUACCUCGCAUCUCCUUGUAUUCAUUUACCUUCUUCUCUUCCUUUUCUCCUGUGGAUUUAAUGUUAAAACAUUGCUUGUAUUGUAAUGUGCCGGUAUCUGCUUUUAGGCUGAUGAGAUUGAACGUCUCAAGAAAAGAGCAGACAGAUUUGGAGCGAUAGUUUCAACUUCUCUAACCAAAGUAAGUAACUAAAUACACAGACACAGGGUUAAAGAAAAUCAUUUUUAAAAAUUAAAUGUUACUUUUUUACUUUAGCAAGAUUCGACAUAAACAAUAUGCUCCAAAACAUACAGUACUGAAAUAAAAAGACAAACAAUAUUACCGGUACUUGUUGUCAUGUCUUCAGAAAAAAACUAAAUAUGCACUGUUAGCAAGUUGAUUUACCAUAUUAAUCGUAUGUGAAAUGUAGUGUUGGUAAUGCAAGUCUAGGCCACCUUGCCAUAGGCAGUUUACAUAUCGUGCAGAUUCCUUAAUACCCUUGCAAAUGAAGAUGAGUUGCUCGCUCAAUGCAGGCACAGCUCUUGGGGGAUCUUCCAAGUUGAACACCCCCUCCUUUGACAUUGACCACAAGGAGGCAACAGAUGGUGUAACAUCUGUGGAAUGGGUUGUGCAUAGACAGUCUGUACCAUGUACAAUUAUUUGUUCUGGAAAGUUUUUCUACAACAUGGCUGUCACAGGAUGACCAUUGCCAUCAUGGUCAAAUAUGUAACAGGUCUCAGAUCACGGGAAAGGGGGAGGGGGGGGGGGUCGAAUUUGAAUAGUGAUUCCCUGAGGGUGUGGUCCAAUGGAGACACUGGAAAGUUUUUCUACAACAUGGCUGUCACAGGAUGACCAUUGCCAUCAUGGUCAAAUAUGUAACAGGUCUCAGAUCACGGGAAAGGGGGAGGGGGGGGGGUCGAAUUUGAAUAGUGAUUCCCUGAGGGUGUGGUCCAAUGGAGACAUGUAUGGUUUAAUUUUGACCCUCAUGAAUUUGCCUAGAGAGGGGACGUUUGUUAUAGAAAGAUGUCAGACAUUAAUUACAAUCUAUGGGUAUGUCAGCGACUGGGAGCUGUUACAUUGAGAGGCACUUGGGUAUACAACCCAAUCGAAAUUCAGUUUUAGACCUAUAGCAUUUUACAAGUUGAUGCCACGGAAUUUCACAUAGAGGUAAGUGUAAAUAUGGAGGAUGAGUGGGUGAGAGUUGACUGACAGAUAUAUUAGGUAGACUUAUUUAGAAGUAUCCUGGAAGAGCCACGGUGCUGUUGUUUGUCUUUUGCAUGAGAAUAUGACCUAGGCUGUAUAUAAACAGGUGAGUAAGCAGGUGGCAUGCCAAGAUGACUAUAUAACAGGGUGAGUAUGCAGGUGGCCUGCAAAGAUGACCAAGGCAAUAAACAGGGUGAGUACGCAGCUGGCCGGCAGUCCUAUUUGUGCCUGGAAAGCUUUCUCCCACAUGGAUCCUAGUGGGAUUUGAGUUGACUCUGCUUUUUCUUGGCGUGCGCUUUAAUUUGUUGUGUCUGAAGCACUUCUUCUAUCUUCCUCCUCCAUUUCAGGUGAAAAAUGGUGGUCUCAAAUAGGGUAGCCUAGAUACCUAGAGGUAAUAUGCCUGACAUGCACUUUAUUUUGAUUAAAGAGAGGGAGAACUGCGCAAUUCAUCAACAUCACACUCUCGUCCUUGCCUAUUUUGAUCACUUAAAAUAAAAAUAUUUGAAGUUAAACACAAAUCUUAAUUAAACUUAAAAUUAACAAUAUUUAUAGGAUGUGGAUCUUGAAAGUUGAGGUUCGAUAUAUGCAAUUAACCAAGGAAACGAUUUGUGCCUUUCGUCAGAGAACAACGCAUUCCUAAAAAGCACUUGCUUGGAAUUGUUAUAAAUAUUUGUUCCUCCAUUGAUAACAACUGCCUAAUAUAUCUUCCAUUUCACUUUAGGGAAUACGCGACAUUUGAUGCAUAGUUGUCAAAUGCACAUAUGUGUUCAAAAUGCUGAUGUUUCAGUACUGUAUUUUUGGUCAUGCUGUACUUGCUUAAAUAAUUAUAACUUGAGAUGAAAUUAUGUCACUGACCUUGAAUCUUCCAUAACAGAGAUAGACCAGCUCAAAUGAGAUGAUUUAUAUUUUUUUGUUUUACAGAAUAUCAUGUCAGCAAAAUAUCGAUAGUUUUAUUUAUUUAAAUUAGGCAAUUAUUUCCUUUUAUUUUUCCUUUUCUAUUAAUAUAAUGGAAGUUGGGUUGUUCAGUCACUAAGACACAGGACAAGUAACCUGAUGGUCUUUGGUUUAAAACUCAGAAACACCUACCAGUCCUCCCCACACCUAUAUGUCUAUAUCAGUCCUCCCAACACCUACAUGUCUAUACCAGUCCUCCCCACACAUACAUGUCUCAACCAGUCCUCCCCACACAUAUAUGUCUAUACCAGUCCUCCCAACACCUACAUGUCCAUACCAGUCCUCCCAACACCUACAUGUCUAUACCAGUCCUCCCCACACAUGCAUGUCUAUACCAGUCCUCCCCACAUAUACAUGUCUAUACCAGUCCUCCCCACACAUAUGUCUAUACCAGUCCUUCCCACACAUACAUGUCUAUACCAGUCCUCUCCACUCUUACAUGUCUAUACCAGUCCUCCCCACACAUACAUGUCACAAAAUGUAAUUUACCUAAGAAAAGUUUUUUAAAAUUAUGAAGUAUUUCUUAUAGUAUUUGUGUAUAGUGUAUUGAGUCUCAUCAAGCUCAGUCUUGAAUAUGACUGUGUAUUAUGUCAUUUAGUGCAAGAUUUAUUACGUAGCAUUCUUUACUUAAAAGUUAAUUCAUCCUAUCUGACCAGGAUAUGUCUUAAUAGCCAUUUGCGCACCCACAGACAGAAACAGUCAAUUAAAUGGUCAUGAUCGAUUCAGCGGACGGAGUACAAUUUGCAUUCCAGUGUCAAUGUUCAGUAUCUAAAUGUAAGAUUAUAUUUUAAGUCUAUAUUCAUUACAGGUUGAUGAAGAGGAAAGGAAAAGAAAAAGAGCAGAGAGAUUUGGAGCAUCCAACGUCACAGGGCAUUCAGCAGCUAAAACCAGCAAUUUAACUAUUGUUUCUUCAGACCCGGAAGUAGAGGCAAGUAUGCCGGCACAAUAAAUAAACUUAAGUAGACUGCAACAAGAAUGCUAAAAACUUUACAUUAUGUAUGCUUACAAUGUGAAGCUUAAUUAUUUUUCCAGUGUUGACAUCUUUUAUCUUCUAUUAAUUUAUUUAUGUCAUUUGCGUGCUUGUGGCUGUAAAUGUCAUUACUAUACCAUCAUGCUUACUGUCUGAACAAAGGAAUAUUUGCUCUUUUUGUUUAGGCUAAGAAAAAGAAAAGAGCUGAACGGUUUGGCUUGGCAACAUAAUGAUCUGCUUUGAAGCUCAGUUGUGGUUCUGUGUUCACCAUUUGACCAUUUCAACUCUACAUCAACUAAUGCCGUAUCAUUAUUGAUUUUAAAUGUUAUUUUCACUCCAGCAUAUAUUUUAAUUACGCUUGACUAUAAAUUUUGUUCUCUUGUUUGAUGCUUUUAAUUUCAUAAAUAUACUUAUAAGCUUUUAAUGCAAUUUUUAGGUCAGUGAAAAAUUCAUUGAUGACUGGAGAAUAAACAAUUUUAGCACCAAAGUAAAUUCUGUUUCGUUCAUGUUUUUAUAGUGUUAAAAUUAUUGAUGGAUCAUUUAAAACAGUGGUUCUCAACCUUUCUAGUGCCGCGACCCCUUAAUACUGUCUCUCGUGUUGUGGCGACCCCCAAGCCACACAAUUUUCGUUAAUACUUCAUAGCUGUAAGGAUACAUGUUUUCAGAUGGUCUUAGGCGACCCCUGGAAAGGGGUCGCGACCCACAGGUUGAGAACCGCUGAUUUAAAAAUAUUAGAUUAACGAUGAAAUGAUUGUCUGGUUGAUAGGUUAGCUGGAGUGAGUGUUUUACUAUUUAAGGUGAGUAAUCAUUUUUAAAAACAGCUAAUGAUUAAAAUAAAAGAAUACUUUAUCAAGAACAAAAUGAUUAGACAUGAAAUUGUUGACAAUGUAUAUAUCAGUAUAUAGUUUAUUGUACACUGUUGGAAUUAAACAAACUAAAAUUCAUAUAUGUACCUAAAUGAUCAUUAACAAUGAUGAAUAAGAAAACCUGAUGAAGAAAUGCAUGUGUAAAGCCAAUCUGAUGAAAGAUGCAUGUGUAAAGCCAAUGUGUAUAUGCUCUCAUGAGAAUUCUUCAGCUGAAAAAAAUGCUGCAAUUAUAUGUUGUCUAUGAUGUACAAAUAAUAGCAACCAGGAACUACAAAACCUCACUCCUAACUCUAAUUAGUUGAUACCCAGUCCUUCGAGAACAAAAUCACAUAAAAUGUCAUACAAUUUAAUUACUUGCAUCAAAAUCAUGACAUCAAUGAUGGUUAUAGAUGGGAGUGGUCACAGAGUUAAAAAUAGACUACAUUACAAUUGUUCCAAUACAUGGAGACAUUUCUUAUUUCAUAACCUAGUAGUCUGUUGGGUGUCUUGAAAUUAUGUCAUGUCAAUCAUUUUAAAAUUAACGUUAUGCAAGCAAACAACUGUUCUUUCAAAAUAGUAUUAAAAUGGAAUCGGUCAGGAGAGACUUUGACAUCAAAUGCUUUGAAUUUUGUUUUGAACAAAUUUUGAAAAGAUUUAGUCAGUCUGUUCUUGUUAUAUGAAUCUAUCAACAGAGGGAAUUGGUUAAAUCAUGUAAACAAUGCAAUACAGAUGUAGUAGAUGAAUUCCUAUAGUUAUUAUAUUUGACUGGUUUGUUAAAUGCUUCAUUGUUUCAUGAGAAUGGCUAUGGCUGCCUUACAAUGAUACAGAUCAAGUAGCUUAAAGCCUUAACAGAACAUUGGGAAUUAUAUGCUAAUAUUAAUAGUGUUUUUUUUAAAUUAUAAGAUGGUGUUUUUCUUUAAAUAUUCAAAAAGUAAAGUUAGUUUUGAACACAAAAUCUUUUUUUUUUUAAAUAUUUAAAAAAAAAAAAACUAAAUAUAAUAGGAUUAAGAUAUUUUGUGACCAAUCUUUCAUUUCUAAUAACAUAACAAUCUCUAAUUAAUAGUGUUUUUUUUAAAUUAUAAGAUGGUGUUUUUCUUUAAAUAUUCAAAAAGUAAAAUUAGUUUUGAACACAAAAUCUUUUUUUUUUUAAAUAUUUAAAAAAAAAAAAAACUAAAUAUAAUAGGAUUAAGAUAUUUUGUGACCAAUCUUUCAUUUCUAAUAACAUAACAAUCUCUUCUUUUUUUAAUAUAAUGAAAAAUGCUGGUGGAAUUCUCUGUCAUGGCCAAAGAGAUAUGACCACUUAAAUUGACAGCAGUGUUUAAACCACAGACCUCAAUUUAACAAAAUGCAAGAAAACAUUUGUUUUACAUAAUUUUGUCUGAGAAAUGUUUUAAGUAUAAAAGAUAGAUUUUGACAGCAUUGAGCUGAAUGUUGUGAAGGAGCCUUGAGAGAAGAACAUGGAAAUUACGUAUUUCAAAUUAUUUUUGUGUGGAUAUAUUGCAAGAUUUGUGAAUAAUACAGUAAAUGUUAAUAAAUGCCUUGAGAUUUAUUUUUAAGAUAUACAAGAAGUUAAUUUAAUUGCCAGUGUAAUUACACACAUUAAUGGGGAAAUAGUAAAACCAUAGAUGAACAUAAAUAAGCCAUGGAACUUUUGUUAUGCGCUUACAUAAAAUUACAGGGAAUGAGUGGCUAAACAGUCAAAUGUUUGUGCCUGCACUUAAAAAAACAACUGAUAGCAGAUGAUAAAUCUUAGUUACCUGAAAACCAGUUUAAAAAUGUAUUAUAUACCUCUUUAAGGAUAAUGUUAAUUUUAAUACAAUAUUGCUAAUUCAAGCUAUGGAAUCAAUCAAACAACAGUUGUCAAGAGAGCCUGCAAACAAUUUAACUCAAUCACAAUUGGAACUAUCUUCAAUGUACUGAAAUUAGAAUAUUAUCCCUUUGUGGACAUUUUAAUAUGCCAUCAAGUGUAAUUUGAAAAAAAGGUAAAGGUUACUUUGUUUAAAUUAAACAUGAAAGAUUCUUUCAGUGUUUCUUAAUGAUGUAUCUCUCAGCACAAUUGAUAUCUUAUGUUUAUUUAUACAGUGAAUGACUAGGAAUAUUAAGUUGUUUACAAAACAGUUCAUUUAUUUUACAGUGAAUUAAAUCAUAAACAAAAUAGUUUAUGGUAUAAACAAGAGAACAUUAUGUACAACAUUCAAAGAAAUAUACAAGUAUUUACACAGUAUAUACAAUAAAAGUCUAUAAUUUAUAAAGAAUUAUUUUAAGUGUACUAAAAUUUAGAAUAAAACAUUUUCA